AUGACCCAACAAACGCUUAGCGCCGAUUUUGACAAGUCGCAGGCAGAUGACUGGUGGGCUCGAUUGGUCCCAGUAAAUGCUUCUGAAGAGACACCGCUACUUCUGAUGGCUCCAAAGGAAGAAUACAUUAUCGGUCGCUCUUCCAAUGAGUGCAAUUUUGUUUUAGGUGGAGAUUUGGUGUCCAGUCAGCAUUGUCGCAUAUUAAAGGUAUCGGACGGGGAGGAUGCUUUUAUGGUUUUAAUGGAGGACUUGUCAAGCAAUGGGACAUUUAUCAACGGUAUCAAACUAGGGAAAGGGAACAAACGCAUGCUUGUAUCUGGGGAUGAGAUUGGCAUCACGCCAACGGGCAGGACAUUCGAGCAUCACUUUAUCUUCCAAAUGACGAGUUCCCGCAACAGCGACGAUGUGCAUUAUGAAGUUGAAUCUCCAUCGGAUAGAAUGUAUAUUUUGCAACGGGAACUGGGAAGAGGAAACUUUAGCGUUGUUCGGCUGGCCGUCAACAAAACUACUGGUGAAAAAUAUGCCAUCAAAAUCAUAGACAAAAGACGGAUCGCAUUUAAUGUACAAGCUGAAGAAGCUUUGAAGAGAGAGGCCGAAGUACUAAAGUCAAUUGACCACCCCUAUAUUGUUCGGCUACACGAAGCAUUUCAACUCGGCCACCUUUCAUACCUUGUCAUGGAUUUCAUUAGCGGCGGGGACUUGUCAAAUUAUGUAUCGGGGCGUGAUGUACUCCGAGAAGAGGAAGUUCGACGUCUGUUUCGACAAAUGGUUGAGGCAGUGCAGUACAUACAUUCAUUUGGCAUCGUUCAUCGCGAUCUAAAACCAGAAAACGUCCUGGUUACAGAGGACAAGUCGCCCACUUUAAAGCUUUCCGAUUUUGGUCUUGCUAAAAUGAUAGGUUCCGACGAAUGCCAUACCAUAUGUGGAACACCGGAGUACCUUGCCCCCGAAGUGUUCCUAUCUGGCAACUAUGAUUCACGGGUUGAUCUCUACAGCCUAGGGGCCAUUCUAUAUUUUAUGCUGACAGGCCAGUCUCCUUCUGAGGUGAAUUUAGAGACAAUCGGUGUGGAAGGCUCAAGCUCGAGCCUGCCAAAAGCAAUACCCCCUCAAGCGGCAGGGCUGAUCAAAGGACUAAUGCAGCCAGACCCUGAAAAGAGAACAUCCUUGGAGGCUCUAAUACGACAUCCAUGGAUGCUAACGGCACCCCGGACACCAGCCACACCUCAUGCUUUCCGGAGACCCGAAGAUCGUCCAGUAUGGGCUACGUUAUCCUCGCAAGAAGGUCCUCCACGUGUCAUCAAGAUGUUCCGCGAUUCCAUAUCGUUUGGGCGAAGAGAAGACAAUGAUAUCGUUCUUGGCGAUCCAAGGGUGUCUGGAACGCAUUGUAAAAUUGUUCGGGAGGGAGGACACGUUCUUCUGCAUGAUACAAGUGCAAACGGCGUGCGUGUGAAUGGGAUUCUGGUUGGGAAGGGAAAUAGUGCCGAGCUGAGGCAACGAGAUGUUUUGACAUUAGUGCCAGAAACACUUCAUCAAUCUGCCAUGACCUUCACCUACGCAGAAAUGCUGCCCCCAUCCGCGAAGCGUAGUCUUUCUCCUCCUGAUACUGAUGAACAUACGAGAAAACAGCAACGCAUAAACUCAUCGUUUACACUCCAAUCUAUUAACAUCCCGACACUUCCUCCCAUCAUCCCUAUGAAACCUCAAAUGCUUAUCGGCCGACGCCCAGACUGUGACAUCCUUUUAAAUGUCGCUGAAGUCAGUUCUGUCCAUUGUCGGCUGACGACGAGUAAUAAUGUCACAACCCUGGAAGAUUCUAGUAGUAAUGGGACAUGGGUGAAUGGAACGAAAGUCGGAAAAGGGAAUACGACGGUGUUGAAAGACGGCGAUGAGUUUUUGAUUAUGAAUCCAAAAGCCGCAGAUACCAAGAUUGGUUUUCGAUGCGUAUUUAGAUAA